UAUCUCUUCAUAAGAAUUUCGAACCGUACUCUGCUCUGCCCUGCUGUGAAAACGGAGAGGGAAAGAAAAUUCGGCCAAAAAUGGCACCGCAGCUAUUAAAGCUUCCCAUUGCCAGUAUCUCACGCAUACUUCAUACCACUCCAAGCUUGUCUUUUCUUUCUCUUUCCAAAUCUCCAAAGCUUUCUGUGAGAUGGGUCAAAGCCCAAAUUCACAGUCCCUUUAGAAGCUAUGCUGUUGCAAGUUCUGGAAAGCUUCAAGCACCAAAGAAGAAAAGGAGGCUGGAUGAAAUAUGUCUUGAAAGAUUUCAGCAAUACAGCCGAACCUUUAUUCAAUCAUGGAUCCUACAAGGAAAAGUGUCCGUUGAUGGAAAGAUAGUGAACAAAGCUGGAACACCUGUCUCUGAGAAGGCUGUUGUGCAAAUAAUGGCUGAAAUUCCAAAAUAUGUAUGUAGAGCAGGAUAUAAGCUGGAAGCUGCCAUUGAACAGCUAGGCGUCAAUGUUGCUGGUAAAGUAGCUCUUGAUUCAGGGUUAUCCACUGGAGGAUUUACUGACUGCUUGCUUCAAUAUGGAGCAUCAUUUGUUUAUGGGGUUGAUGUAGGCUAUGGGCAGGUGGCUGACAAAAUUCGUCGAGAUGAACGUGUUUGUGUGAUAGAAAGGACAAAUCUAAGAUACCUUUCUGAACUCCCCCAAAAGGUUGAUUUGGUGACUUUGGAUCUUUCAUUCAUCUCAAUUCUCUUGGUCAUGCCUGCUGUAAUCAAUGUGAUGAAGGAAGAGGCAAUCUUAGUUACCUUGGUUAAGCCUCAAUUUGAAGCUCGAAGAUCACAAGUAGGAAGUGGUGGGAUCGUGAGAGAUCCUAUGGUUCAUCAAGAGGUUCUUGAAAAAAUUAUAAAGGGUGUAGAGAAUUUUGGAUUCUGUAGCAAUGGGUGGAUAGAGUCACCAUUGAAGGGUGCUGAGGGUAAUACAGAAUUUCUGGUUUACUUUAGCCGAACAGCUGAGAGAAACGCAAACUGAUUUUGUAUCUACAAUCUCAUGUUGCACCAUGAAGAAAGCCUAAGUGCUGUGUUGGUGUCACAGACUCUCAUAGGAGAGGAUUACCCAACUUGGGCACCUUUGCGAAAAUCAUGUGAGGGUUUGUUGAUGACACUCUGUCUCUCACUGCAUCAAUUGUGAAAUCCCCUUCUAAUUCUAAGGUGCAAGCUUGGACACUCUGCAACAGUAUAUUUGCUUUCUAGAUUCACAAUUCAGUUUCACCAAAGAUUGCUACAAGUUUGAUCUGUUGCAAUAGCGCGUUAGAGGUUUGAAAUGAUCCCAAAAUGAGAUUUUCCCAAGGAAAUGGAUCAAUGGAAUUCCAAUUGUAGAAUGAUCUUGCAAGCAUUUCUAACUGUGAACUUUCUAUUACUACUGAUUACUUUACUCAGGUUCUGUUGGGAUGAAAUUCAGAAUUUUGAAGCUUUCCCUUGUUCUUGUACAUGUGAUAUCAAUGAGAAAUUGACUAAGCAUCAACUUCAAGAAUUUGUUAUGCAAUUCUUGAUGGGGUUAAAUAAGUCUUAUGCCCAAAUUUGAGGUCAAGUAUGUUAAUGGAUCCUCUCCCACAUAUUAUUAAAGUUUAUUCUUUGCUGA